UGAUAAAUAAAAUGAUGCACAAAAUAAUAAAAUAAGUUUUAUUAAAAUAUUAUGCUCUGCUUUACAAUCCUAUAAGCUAAAAGCUUCACUUAAUAUUUGAUACCUAGAACUUGCAAAGGUGAAAGUGACAUUCACUUUGUUGAAAAAUGUGAUUGGUGCUAUCUUAUUGCUUCAGAAAAAUUUAUACUUUUUAAUCCAUAGAAAGUAAGUUUCACAUGAAUUUUUCUCACAUGUUUUAUUUUCAGUAGCUAGGACUUAUUAUCUCGAUUUGAUCUCAUAAUAUUAUUCAUUCAUUCAUUCCACAAUGACUUAACAGGUUUUGGGUGAAAUUUUGAACGGAGAUAGUUUAUACACUGAAUCAACAAUUAGGCUACUCUUAUCUCAGAAAAAUCAAGGAUUCCUCACAGGAUUUUUAAAAACCUGUAUCCACGCUGACGAAGUCGCGGGCAUCAUCUGGUUGAUAACAUCACAACUGUCAAAUUUACUAAAUACCUAACUUAGGGUUGUCGACGCGUCACCUACGUGUUACGAAAAAGACCAACACCUUGAGGUAAACAUGAAAACAACAUGUUGACUGCGAAUUUAUAGAAAUGCGGCACGACCAUCGACAAAAGUAACAGUAUGUAAAUGAAUCAGCAUGUUUAACAGACAUUCGCUAACGAGAUUGAUCUACGCGGCAAUUCCAACGCCGUUCCAUUAACCUCAUUAACAGAUUCAAAAAAUCUUAAUUAUUGCAAGUGACGCGAAUUUGGACUAUGUCACCACGAGUACCUUGAUACAAAAUGCUGAUAAGAAAAAGCCACAUUAGUCACACAAAAAGGUUAAUUUACCAAUUGCGACGUUUCCGCAAAGCAGUUUCAGGAGCGAUUAUAUAAACAACUGUAUGCAAAUAUACGCGGAUUUUCACUACGUAUCGCUGAAAUAUGGCAUUCGGUACAAUGGGAAAGUGAAGCUGCCAUGAUCGGUACACGCAAGUCGCACGGCAAGGCUUGGGGUCGGUGGCCGCUCGCCGGUAAAAGGCUAAUUAAGCAAAUUGAUUUAAAAGUUACUGGAAUAAGUAAAGCGACGUGGUCAAGAUCCUCACCUACAUUGCCAUAUAUAAAAAUAUAUUCGCAAAAAAAAAGAGUUCUUGAUAUUUCGAUCGCAGAUGUAUUUAAAGAAUUACAAGGUAAAACUAUAAAACCGGGUAUAAGGAGUUAUCAGUUUCAUUUUAUGUUGCAAGCUGAUUUACCACCCACAUUCAAAGACUCGAUUGCAAAAAUAUAUUAUCGAAUUGCUAUCCAGAGUAAAAACACCUGUAAAAUCAAGAAAAAACAAUACUUUCCCUUCAAUGUUAUGAAUUAUCUCAAUUUAAAUCAUGUAAGCGAGUUUAAGAUACCGAUGGUAUAUGUGUUGGAAAAAAAAUUCGGGAAUACUGCAGACUUUUCAGUGACCUUUAAAACAUACAGAGGGUUCGCCUCUACACAACAAAUACCAUUUGAAGUUAUAAUAACAAAUGUAAAAAGGGUAAAAGUAAGAAAAAUUUGCGUAACAUUAAUUCAAAAAAUUGAAUACAACGUAAAUUCUGGAUAUUAUAAUAAUGAAAAAAAUAUUUGUAAGACCGAAUAUAACGAAAUAUUGAAUCUUGCGAAACAAACUUGCAUGUUUAGUAUGGAAAUUCCACAAGUUAUAAUACCUUCAACGAUCAAUCAGGUUGAGCCUAUGGUUGACAUUUCCUAUUCAUUACAAGUAAAAGUUAGCUUUCAGUUUCAUCUGCCUCUUUAUUCCGAUAUACCGGUGACAAUUGCAUCGACUCCAGUUACCCAUGGUAUAUUUUAUAAAUGAAAUAUAUUUUUUUUACUUUUAAGUUUUGACACUGUUAAUUAUUUUUAUUUCAUACUAUUUUAAACGUUGGAAUAAAACCAUUGAAAAUAAU